CUUGAAGUCAUGAUUAAUUUGGGGCUUACACGUGUCCAUCAAUUUUUAAACAUAUCCCGAUACUAAGAGUACAUGUAUUUCUUGUAGUCUUUUCUUGAUCCUUCUUGAUAAUGAUCGUCAAUUAAAGACGAUCACGCAUUUCAUUGAUUCUUUCCCGAGUUGCUGAGGCGCAUCCGGGGUCCUUGAUGUCUAGUUGGAGUCUUUAAAAAAACUAGCAAACAAAUUCAACUACCAGAUGUCUCUUGUUCUGUCUUAUCGCGGGAAACCUUCAGACGGAAGCGUUUUAUUGCAAUCGUGUAUAAAAAACGGAGGAGAAAUUCUUAUCUUUCCUCAAAACGAACAUCAGUACCGAGCCAUUAGCCAGUCUCCCAGGUCCGUUAUCAUAUUCCGGGUGACCGUCAAUUUGUUCUGUCGCUUCAUCACACCUGACAGUGGCCAUUUUCCCAUCAUCCGGUUCGGCUGGUUUGAACCUGUCGACAAAGUGUUACUCUCGUUUGUCUUUUUUGUUGCCAAAGAAGAAGUGCAACUAUUGAAUAAACUAGGUGAGAUGAUUACCUGUUUGGGAGAGCACAUUCCGACGAUACCGGUUGUUUGUGGUUAGUGGUUGGAACGUGUACCGGGUUCGCUCGGUUAUCUAAGAGCGGUGAAUAUGUAGCCGGUUGCAUUUUUUUUUACGCUCGCUCGUUACAAGAUAUCGGACACUCUUCUCGUUCGAUUGCGGUUCCGUCCAGGUUAGCGAGUUCCUGACAGUGUAAGAAGGCAAGCUAUUGAAACGUUUUAAAGCGUGAUUUGCUUUCAUCCGUUCCACCACCGGUGGGAUGUUUUGGGUAUGCUCUUGACUUGUUCCGUUGGCCUUGGGUUACGCGUAAGGAACCAAGGGUCUGUGUGUGCGUGUGUUUGUAUUCAACUUGCCUGCCGUAUCAGGUGCAAGUGGUGGUACGCUCUUUGCAGGGUGCAUCUUCGCUCGGAUUGAGCUCGAAGAAAAUCGACACGAAAAAGGCGGUGGCGGGAGAUGCUAGCGAAGCGAAUGAGGGAAAAGUGAGCGCGUGCGGUGGGCUAUGUGGCGUGUGCCUUCCCCCCUCACGGCCAAAAGGGAAGCAACAAUGGUAGUGAUGUGCGAUCGCCGGGUAAUACACCCGUGUCUGAGGUGGUGCGUUUCUACCGCAUUCCCCAAACCCUAUGUGCGCUUCCCCCUGUCCCUGGGUCUUACUCGAUACGGCCAUGUGUUACACCGGCCGAGAAGAAGUGGAAGUGGAUUUUCCACCGCCUGACAGUUACCGUUUGGUUUGGCGGCGACGGCCUCCCAGCGUGUGUUAUUUGUUGCGUUAAAUCCAGUAAUUCUAAAUCGGAAGAUCAUCAUCAUUAGGAUACGCCAAACCAUCAUCAGCAGCCACAGGGAGUUGCAGUGCAAUCGAGUGCAAAAAGGGUGGCCUAGUUUGAGGCUGUCAUUUGAUCUGUUAUUUGUGUGAAAUCGACCAGAAGAAGUUGAGUGUGGUGAAACAUCGCUGAAGCAAAAGGAAAAAAUAGAUCAAUUCGAUUUGAAAAGUUGCAGUUGAUCUUCGCAGUUGUGCGAUCAUCCCUGUUGGUUGCCAUAAUUAAGGCAUAUACUGAUAGAAUUAAUCGUUACUCAUUCGUAUGUUGUAGGGAGCGUCAGAAAGGGCCACUUUUUCAUAUCCUUUUUUCCGUGUCGUUUAACAUUCUGCUUCCGUUGCAGCAGCGUCCCGCGUACUUAGUGUACAAGUUUUCCGCGUUUAAUUGCCCCUUAGACAGCUAGAGCUCACAAAAAGCAUUGUUAUCUAGGAAAUCAGGAGAAAAAAACAAUACGUUUAUAGUUCGAGUAAAUGUGCGUAAUUUCGUAUCGGUCAAUUGAUGUAUUUAUACCCGGUUUAAUGGUGUUUGGAAUGUGCUCAGUGGGUUGGUGAGGAAGUGUGCGUUGUGUUGUGUUUGCUUAAUUAAAUAUCAUCCACGGGGUGGCGUAAAGUGUGCACGAAUGUUGUGAAAGCAGUCGUUUCGAUUGAAGUUUUUCCGCGGCGGUACAAAAAGUGGUCUUUUGUAGAAAGAGUGUUGAAACAUAAAACAACGAUAGAAACGCAUCGUCUCCCGGUGGACGGAAGAUUUCGUCCUUCCACUCGGUACAGACGGCAAUCAUCAUCCGCCUGUCUGUCGGGUUGUGUUCCCUUCCGGUUCGGUGGAAAAUUGAAUCGAUCCACCAACGUAACCGGUGGAAAACACAGCAGCGAGACGGGAAAAAAGCUUCUCGUCCACGCUCGGCAAAUCGGAUCAGCGAAAUUGGAAUGUCAUUGAAGAAAGAAACCCUUUCGGACGUUCAGCUACACCUGGCUGCCCUGCGUGGUGACGAAAUGUUGCUGAGGCGAGUGCUGGACAGCGGCAAGGUACACGUCGACUGCCGUGAUGAGGACUACACCACACCGCUCAUACUGGCUGCCGCCGGUGGACAUACAGCUUGCGUCAUCGAGCUGCUGGAGCAGGGUGCCGAUCCGAAUGCCCGCCGUGUGACCGGUACGACGGCGCUGUUCUUCGCUGCACAGGGUGGCUUCGUGGAUGUUGCUAGGAUACUGCUCAAGGCAGGAGCACCGGUCGACUGUUCGUCCGUGGACGGUGGAACGCCACUGUUUGUAGCGUGCCAGGGUGGCCACGAAGCCAUGGUGAGCGAGCUGCUAAGCCACGGUGCCAAUGUGCACGCCUGCAUGAAGGAUCGUGCUACACCGCUGUUCAUAGCGGCACAGAAUGGACACAGUUUGGUGUUGAAGUUAUUGCUCGCUGCUGGUGCGAACCCAGAUGCAUCGCGGAAUGAUGGUGCCACACCGCUGUGGAUAGCCGCACAGAUGGGCCACGAUCAUGUCGUCAAGAUACUGCUGCAUAAUGGAGCCUUGGUCGAUGCGGUGCGUUGUGAUGGAGCAACGGCGCUGUUUAAGGCGGCGCACAAAGGACACAGUGCGGUUGUGCACGAACUACUUAAAUUCCGACCAAAUCUUGGCAAGCUGGCAAACGGUGAGACAGCACUGCAUGCCGCCGUCAUGUUUGGACAUCUCCCAAUCGUUAAGCAGCUGGUAGCGGCCGGUUCCGAUUAUACCAUACCGAACCAGGAUGGCUAUACGCCACUGCAGCUUGCCCGGCAGCAAAAGUUCGCCUCCGUUCAUCAGUACUUGAAGGAGCGCGAGCAACAACCGCAUUCUGGGGCAGGAACUCCGAAAAGAACGGUUCCGUCGAACCAAAGCAAAACAUCCAAAGGUGCUGCACCAGCAUCCGUAGCUAUUACUGGCUAAGACAUUCAGUGCCGCAUGUUACCCAGUUGCACACACACGCAGACAACUCUUAGCAAAGCGAGCUUGUGUGUUGUGCCUCACACUCAAAUCCUUCCAGUGUUUUGUUAUUUAAUCUUUACUCAAACAAUCGUAAACAUUAUUUAGUGUGUAGUGUAGUGAUCGUUCAUUUGCGAUUGAGUCUUCCUGGAGGCAACAUGUCCGCUAGGAAAGUACACUGAACGAUGGCUUCAAAUAGUUGUAACAAAAAUGCUCCUAAAUAUCCAUCCACAAGUUUUACAUUAUCGAUGUGCUCAAAUUAAUACGUGACAAAAAAGAAUACUUAAAGUGAAAAGAAAAGUAAAAAACAAUUACUUACCAUACGUAAAUCUUCCGGAUGUUCGUUUCUGGACAAUGCACAAGUAGUUUUUGGUCGUGACGGUUACGAUUCUAUUUCGGGACUUCUUGAGUAACUAUCUGUAUGUUACGACGGCCGUCACAAUCAUUUGCGGUUCCCCGAUGUCGUUUUACGUUUAUCCGUUAUUAUUGGCUGCACAUAUACCGAGGAGACAAAAUUAUUAUUUGACCCCGACUACGAACAAUCUCCCGGACGCUUAACGGAUGCGAUCGGCAAGCCAAAGUUAGAUAGCUAUAAAGAUAGACAGGCAAAGAGCCACCUCACCCUCAACAGGAUCAAAGAACGGCACACAGAGAGCGCCAUCAACCGGUUGUACACCGGAAGUUAGUGCACUCUGUUAUUGACACAUCCUCUCCGCACAUCCUUCGCCGAUCCGCAAUUUACUGCAUACUUUUACCGGUACGACCGCAAAUCGCGAAACCUUUCGCCGGUGGUGUAACGCUGUGGUUCCCCGUUCGGUGGACCGCCCGCUGUGAGUGAGAUUGAAAUCGAACAUCAGAACGGUACAACCACUUCAAUGAAAAUGUCCUGUCCUUCUGCGCGUACCCUCUGCUACACACCGGGUAUAGCCGGUUCGCGAAAGAUGACACCGCGGGAAAAUGCUAUCGUUGGUUGCAAAAACCCAGUUAUUGCUGGCCACCGAAUGCCCAUCAUCAUCUCGUGCCCGACCACCAACGGUGCUGGGAAAAUGGAAAAGUUUCAUCCCCAAGCACACACAAACACGUGUGGGUCCUUUCAUCCCGCCCAACGGGUACGGAUAUUGCGCAUUGCGGACACUAUAGCAGGAUGAAACAGGCAGUAGAAGAAAAAAAAAGACACACAAAGGACAGAACAUUCUUCACCUGACUCUCUUGUGCUAUUUUGCCACGCGAAGAGAAGCUAGUUGCAUUGAUUUGUGACGUGUGCUGCGCCGGAACGCAAGGACCGAUACCGUUUAGUGGUUCACAGCGAAUGAUACAGGAGUAAUGAAAGUGUUAAUGUUGGAAUGAAGCAAAGACACGUGAACGCAGGCAAUUUCCUUCCGUUCCGAAACAUUGGGAUAUUGCUGUCCUUAAGCCUUUCGCCGUUUAGCAGCAGUACGACGUGGACAAUAAUAAGUGCUGUCGGAUGCUUUUUAGUGCAGUGGAGAGAUUAGAUUGCUUCUCGCUAUAGGAACUUGUUGCUUGUUGCAUCCUGAAAAUAGUUCUAGAAUACCAAAAUACGAAUAAACGUAUGCAUCCGAAGCGUU